AGCAACUGGUCAUGGUCGAGCUAUCAGGAAUUAUUGAUUCAGACUUCUUAGAAAAAUGUGAAAACAAGUGCAAGAUUUUGGGAAUAGAGACAGAGAGGCCCAUUUUACAAGUGGACAGAUAUGUAUUUGCAGGAGAAUAUGAAGAUACCUUGGGAACCUGUGUGGUUUUUGAAGAAAACACAGAGCAAGAUGCAGAAGGCAACCAAAAAGUGCAGCUGAAAUACAAGUGCCACACAGUGAAGAAGUUGAACAUGACACGGACCCUUCUGACAGAAAAGAAGGAAGGAGAAGAGAAUGUUGGUGGAGUAGAGUGGUUGCAGAUCAAGGACAGAGAUUUUUCCUACAGCAGGCUUAAUAUGAUUUGCAGUUUUUUGCCUGAAAAGGAUGAUUCUGAGGAGUCAGCUCAGGCCCAAGAUAAAUUGACUGAAGAGUCAGAGGGAGAGGUGAGCAGCAAAGGAAAUUCUAACAUGAACUGUGACCUGGAAAAACAGCACACCUUGGAAAUAGAUGCCCCUAUUCCUCUGCCUGACAGCUCUGCUUCUGGGGCAGAGGAAUCUCCUUCUGGAAAUGCUGCCUCAGAGGAUGUACCUCCAUGAUAUUAACUCUGAUCUUUUCAGGGUUUCUUCAUGGAACUAAUGGGCCAACUUUUAUAGGCCAUGACAUGGCUUCCACUUUGUCUGAAAAAUGAAUAGUGGAAAAACAGACAUUAUGUUCUUGUGCUAUGCUUUUGUGUUUGAGUUACAGUGGGAAGGGCUUAAGUGUUUUUUAAAAUUACUGACUGAAAAUGUAUGUAUCCCUACCUCAAAACUGAACAAGUGGAAAUGGUUACAUAAUUAAAAGAAACUCCUACCUUACAAAAAUGUUGAUAUAUUGUACAGUCUCAAACAGUUUGGAAAAACAAAGAAACACCAUUGUUUAAAAUAAAGUCCUGAAUUUUUCAAGUAUAGCUUCACCUUGUGUGUCGUAUUCAGCCACAUAUUCUGUCUGUUCUUGUACUGCAAUUAUUGAAAGAAAAGAAAUCAAAUAAGUGUGGCUUUUAUUGAAUGUUUGAAUACUCACCAAACUGCUUAGUUUAGAUUCUCUCUAGUGUCCUUUGUCUCCUUGAUGGGCUUUAGAAGUCUUUCAUGUGGGAAGGGACUUUAUGGGGUCUCUUAUCUAGCUUCCUAUGUAAAAGAGGCUCAACACUGAAAUUCAGGGCAAGUUGGUCAGGGCUUUGUCCACUCAAGUCUUGAAAACCCCUGCAAACUUGUCAGCAAAUUAAAUCCAGGUCUUAAAAGAGGCAUCUGUCACGCUGCUUCCCCCAUUUUCUGUAUAAUAUAAUGUGCGUUAUACAAAAGGAAGUGUAGCCUGUUUUUCUUUUUCCUCAUAGCAACUUCUUGGUUCUAAUCUUCCUCUCUGGCAUUUUUCUGAAGCGUUUUAUACCUUUAUAUAUGGGGUCCUGUGCCCAUGCAUCAGUGGUUCCCAGACUAGUCCAUGUGACUGUAUUGUGGUGUCUAGCUAGUCUGUGGGUUGAUACUGCUACAUUAUUUAUACUGCCACACACUGUUCUGUAGCACAGUUGAGUGUGUGGUGCACUCAGGAUAAUGUUUUCAAAAGCACAACAAUUUUAGAACAUAAAACAUUUCUCUCUGA